ACUGCGCGUGAUGCCGUGAUUGCCAUUCCCGCAGAGGUCAUGGAGGAGGGCAGCGGUGUAGGGAUGGCGCGGGCGCUUGCUAGACAUGCUCCCACGGUAAUUCUAAGGCCUGCACUUGGUGCGACAAAGGCAUUGAGCAAUGCAUUACUGGGCGUUGGUAAUGCGCUUGAUGAGGGCUCAAGGCGUAAGAUUGAAGACAAAUAUAAGUCCUACUAGCCGGCCAAAUGUCGUUGCAUGCCGGUAUCAGCGUCUGGCCUAGAACUUCCGGCCAAGCGUAUUUGCAUCACAUACACUCAUACACACCUAGUCUAAGUCUGUUUAUCGGGUUUAUUCCUUUUGAUUUGCUCUAUGUUCAUCUUUGCUUCCUAGAUUGCUUGCAUAGCGAUGGUGCGGUCUCGGUUGAAUGGCGUCGCAUCUCCACUCCUUCGUUUGCGUUCUUGAUUUUUCUCUUGGCAUUAGCUGUGGCGUUUUUGUGCAUUGGGCGUAAGAUACCCAGAUUGACGGACGCGAUGUGAAGCGUGUUAUAGCAUUAGAUUGUAGUUGAACUUCACU